ACCCAGUAGCUCAAUGCAUCAAUUCGUUAAGGUUUUUUGUGAUAUCGGCUGGACCGAACUGACAGACGGAAGCGGCGGUUGUUGCAGCUCCACACCUUUCCGGUGUAGCAGCGCCGCGGCCAGCUCGACUUCCAGGAGGCAGCCGAGAACUGGUGGAUUCAUCGCCAGAAGAGGGGCGCACGGAGGGGGACGAGAAGAGGAUUAUCGUGGUUGAAUACAGCCGAGGAUCGUGGUGAAGUCGUCCCCUCCAGCACAGAGUGCAGAGGCGUGAAGCUUGACGUGUGAGCUCCGAUUGUAACGGAUCUUUUCCGGUGAAGAGAACGGGACGCACCCGGUUCCAACAACCGCCAUACCUCUCUGAAGGAGUCGAUCGCUUUAGUCGCUCCCGUCCAGGGCUUAUUUCAAACUUGGACUAAAGUAUGAACACCCUGCUGCAGCUGCCUGAAUUGUAGGCCUGGACACGGUUGGGAAGAAAAGUUGUAUCAACAUGAGUGUUGCGCUUCACUGAGUCAUGCUGUCGCAGGAAAGUUCAUAAUUCAACUCAAGUGUCCACCGCCGUGCCGUUUUUGCUUUUUUUUCCCACAAGGUAUUUAUGCACAAGAGUUCACGAUGGGGAAGGUGCUCUCUAAAAUCUUCGGGAACAAGGAGAUGAGAAUAUUAAUGCUGGGACUGGACGCGGCCGGAAAGACAACAAUCCUUUACAAACUCAAACUGGGACAGUCGGUCACCACCAUCCCCACCGUGGGCUUCAACGUGGAGACGGUCACCUACAAAAACGUAAAGUUCAACGUCUGGGAUGUGGGCGGCCAGGAUAAGAUCCGCCCCCUGUGGCGGCACUACUACACGGGCACCCAGGGCUUGAUUUUUGUGGUGGAUUGCGCCGACAGGGAUCGCAUCGACGAGGCGCGGCAGGAGCUCCACCGCAUCAUCAACGACCGGGAGAUGCGGGAUGCCAUCAUCUUGAUAUUCGCCAACAAGCAGGACCUCCCGGACGCCAUGAAGCCGCACGAGAUCCAGGAGAAGCUGGGGUUGACGCGCAUCAGGGAUAGGAAUUGGUACGUCCAGCCCUCCUGUGCCACGACAGGUGACGGACUGUAUGAGGGCUUGACAUGGCUAACUUCAAACUACAAAUCUUAAUGAUUGGUGGAUGACUGUUUUAGGUCAAAGGUAUAAUAACAAAUAACUUCUCGAAUGGUUAAGUUGAUUAUCGCCCCUCCUUUAUUUUUAAUAGCGCAUUUACUCCUCGGCUAAUUUAUCUCCCGAUUGGUUUGGCUGGCUUUCAGGUUGUACUGUGUAGCGUCAUCAUUAUUCACUUGAUGAAAAUGAAACUCGGUCCAUUUGUGACAGCCGCAAAGAUCACCGCCAAUGCCUGUUAUGACUUCUCCUAUUUUCUAUCUUUUUUUUUUUUAUGGUCUUUCUUUAGCAGGCUCUUGUUCUUUUUGUUUAGUUCAACACACAACUGUGAUGGAAAGUAUUGUUGGUGCCCAGGAGGGAAACAUUUCAUCAGCAUCUGUCUUGAACACGUCUCCGGACAGACCCGUUCUCCGACCCCUCGCGCGGGCUGUAAUAGUUGACUGACCAUGACGUGUCAUUAUGCUGAUUAUUCGACGGACCUCCACAAACUCUGGAACAAGUCGGCGAUUAAUCUUUCUGAAGGAAUGUCGUUCACCUCAGAGCUCUGGCUCUGAUCCAUCAGUCGAUUAGUCUCAGUAUUGGGACAUUAUAUGAUAGCCUAUAUCUGUAGCAUGAGUACGGAAGUACAGUAAAACCGCCAUCCCAGUCCAUCUGUUUCACAGUCGGAGGGAGCCACACUUGGAAGACACCUCGGGGUGCUGCUCUUUUCUCCUCCUCAGACUGGGGGAACCAUGUACAGACAAUGUCAUUGUAAUGUCUUAUUAAAAA